AUGGCCACCCCGAUCCCCGACGUCGCGACCCUGACGUCGUCAGCCCAGAUCUUCUCCUCGAACAAGACGCUGCCCCAGAUCCGCUCGAUACACAAGGCGCUCCAUGUGCAGAUCGAGGAAAAGUCGAGCCGCCUGCGCACGCAGGUCGGCGGCUCGUACCGCGAGCUCCUCGGCACGGCCGACACCAUCGUCCAGAUGCACGGCGACAACGACCGCGUCCAGGAGCUCCUAGGCAAGAUGGGCGGCCGCUGCGGGCGGACGGUCGUGGCGGCCAAGGCGACCGGCCUGUCCAAAUUCGUCGCCAACGAGCGCAACGAGGACAUGAGUAGGGCUGCGCGCCUCAAAUUGCUCAGCGGGUGCGGGCUUCUCGUCGGUCGAAUACUCAAGGGCCAAGCUGGCCUGGACGAACAUGCGAAGAGGGGAGACAGGCUCCUCCUGGCAGCGAAAGUCUGGGUGUUGAUUCGACUCCUGCUCAAGGGCUUCGAGGAAGAGACUGAGGGCGCUAGCGGGGGUCCCAAGCUCGACCUCGGAGGCGCCAUCAAGUCCCGAGACUCGCUUCGCCGACGGCUCAACAAUGCCAUCAAAAAGGUUCUGGAGAAUGCGAGCGACGAUGCGGAGAGGGAAGAUAUCCUCAAGGCGCUCUGCGCACACUGCCUUGUCGCCAGCUCCGGUGCGAGCGAUGCUCUGCGCUACUUUCUCUCCGUGCGAGCAGAGGCCAUGGCGUUGGCAUUCGACGUGGAGGAAGACGAACGGGCGACGACCACCGAAGAUGUCGUCCACAGCUUGAGGCUGUACACGAAGACGCUCCUAGACGUUCAGGCCCUCGUGCCAGCCAAGCUUUCACCAGUUCUGGCAAGCCUCAAAAGCCGGCCGCUCCUCGCGGAUCCCGCCCUGAAGCGACUCGAGGGCUUGCGCUUGGACUUAUAUCAACGAUGGUGCAGCGAGGAGAUACAGUACUUCACCCCUUUUGUUCGGCACGACGACCUCGAUGGAAAGCUAGCCAGAGAGCGGCUCACGAGCUGGGCGGCGAAGGGCGGUCAAGUUCUCCUCGAUGGCUUGAAGAAGACGCUGGAGCACAUGGCGGAUUUUAAGUCCAUCAUGGAGCUCCGGACAGAGGUGCUUCGGCUUUGGAUCCGCGACGGCGGCAGGACAAGAGGAUUCGACCCGUCGGAGAUGCAAGACGACCUGCGUGAUGCCAUCAACUCGCGCAUGUUGGCGGUACUGGAAAACAAGGUUACGAAGCUACGCUUGGUCGGGUCCGAAGUCCGAGCCACGCUCGAGGGAUGGCGAGAAGGCAUCACAGACAAGCAACAAGGGCUCUGGGACGAAAGCGGCUACGACGAGGCCCUCGCUACUGGCGCUGCGUCGUUUGUACAGGAGGUUACAUCGCGACUUUACGGCAGGAACGACGCGGUGUCCAAGGCGGCACAUUCCUACAGCAGCUGGUAUCACGUCAUUGACGAUGUCGAGGGCGUAGUUGAACUGCUAAGAAAGCAGCGCUGGGACAACGACUACGAUGAAAUCGAAGACGAAGAGACCAUCGAGGCAAGGCAGCAAGCACUAAGCAAAGACGAUCCGCGCCAGUUGCAGGAGAAGCUGGACGCAACUCUCGACAAGUCCUUUCAGGAGCUUCAGGAACAGCUGGGCAAGUUGUGGAAGGAAAAGGCGGACAGCACCACAAAUGGCGACAUUGCCAUGUACCUGGUGCGCGUUCUGCGGGACAUCCGCUCCCAGCUGCCGGACCGGCCGUCCAUCAAGAGCUUCGGGCUGUCAAUGGUCCCCGAACUCCACAGCAAGAUCGUUGGCAGCGUCUCCGCGCAGGCGCUGAACGAGUUCACGGCAACCUUUCUGUCGAGCAGACGAGUGCCCGGCAGAGGCCUCUGGGAGGGAGAGCCGGCGCUGCCCAUCCAGCCGUCUCCUGGGCUUUUCCAGUUCUUGCAGGAGCUUUCGCUGUCGAUGACCGAUGCGGGAGUCGACUUGUGGACCGCGGUGGCUGUUGUGACCAUGAAGAAGCACCUCUGCGGGAAGCUGUGCGAAUCGUGGCGCGAGGAACUGGCGACUUUGGCGAAGGAGUCGUCAGACCAACCUGAGCCGAAGAAGGACGAUGCUCAAGACGAGAAGACGGAGGAGAAGGGCUCGGAGGAGGUAUUGGGGCAGACGGAACCUCAGGACAAGGACCAAGGCACUGCGCCGUCUGGCGAGCGGAUUCGAGACGUCAGCACGCAGUGGCUCUUUGACAUUGCCUUCCUGAGCUGCUCCGUCGGCACGAUAUCAGGAAAACCUUCAGAGGACCUCAAAAAGGUCGAGGACGAGAUCUACGAGCUUUCAGGCGUAGCCGAUGAGUCGUCGCGCCAACGCGUCACCAAGGCAGCGCACGACUACUGGCACCGGACGAGCCUCUUGUUCGGGCUGCUGGCGUAG